UUCAAUCAUCCAAGCUGGAGGGUAUGGAGCAGUCCUACAGAUCUACAAUCUCCAUCUACAAGAGUAUCCUGGAACAGUUUAACCCAGCUCUGGAGAAACUGGUGUACCUGGGGAACAAAUAUGUGCGAGCUUUCCAUGAAUUAUGUGAGGCUGCUGAUGUCUAUUUUACAGCCAUUCAGAAGAUUGGGGAGCAAGCCCUGCAGAGCUCUACCUCACAGAUAUUGGGUGAAAUUUUGAUACAGAUGUCUGACACCCAUAUGCACUUGAACCGCAAUCUGGAAGUAGUAGCCCAGAGCUUUCAUGUAGACUUGCUGCAACAAAUGGAAAAAAACACCAAACUGGAUAUGCAGUUCAUCAAUGACAGCCGCCAGCGAUAUGAGAAGGAAUACCGAAGGAGAGCUGCCAACCUCGACAAAUGUAUGUCAGACCUGUGGAGAAUGGAGAGAACGCGAGACAAGAAUGCCCGAGAGAUGAAGGAGAACAUGAAGCUCUUGCACACAGAGAUGCAAGCUUUUGUCAGUGAAAGUCAACAGGCCGCUGAGCUGGAGGAGAAACGUCGCUAUCGUUUUCUAGCAGAGAAGCACCACCUACUAUCCAAUACCUUCCUUCAGUUCUAUGCCAGGUCACGGGGCAUCGUCCAGAACAAGUCGCCGCUGUGGAAGGAGCAGUUGGAGGCCAGCCGCAAUCCUAUCUCGACCAUGCUUAGCACUCCCCUCAGCCAAGGUCACCCAUCAGGCCGCCUGACCCCUACCCACCUUGAGAUGCCUCAGAGACCUGUGGGUGAUUUUAGUACACCGAUGACAGGACGAAGCUCCAGCCCCGUGCCCCAGGAGACUGUGGAAAUUUUGUCUUCCCCCGAGUCAGAACCAAGGAGGAGAUCCCUGCCAAGAACUUCUUCUGCUGGUUCUCUCUCCACCAGCCAACGUUCUUGUUCUGGCUCCUUUGGUGAGCAGGCAGGAGGAGGGAAAGAAGGAGGGAGCAAAGAGGAGAACAGCAAUAAUAUGCUGAAAGUCCGAGCGAUAGCACCUCACUCUGCUGGCUCCAACCGGACUCUUUUGCAGUUCAGUCUUGGAGACAUAGUUAUCGUGUUGAUACCAGAAGCACAGAAUGGCUGGCUUUAUGGCCGACUGGAAGGCACAACCACGAGUGGUUGGUUUCCUGAAGCUUUUGUGAAGCCAUUGGAGGAGAUGAGAGAACCUGAAGAGAACACCCCCAGAUCUUUUCCUCUGCGGAGCAGUAAUAGUGUGGAUGAGCUCAUGGAUCGCUCUAGUGCCCCAUCUACGGGCGAUUACUGGCACACUCCUACCAGACCCCAGUCGCCAAACCCUUCUCCUGCUUCCGUGGCAGCCAGCAGCCGUAGAAGCAGUGUGGCUAAUGCUGCAGUGAUCACCUCAGACUCCAAGAAGUCAACAGGAAGGGAGCAUCCACCAGAACUGUUCCCCAGGGGUACUAACCCUUUUGCCACUGUAAAGCUGCGCCCAACUGUGACCAAUGACCGAUCUGCACCUGUCAUCCGGUGAAAGCUGGCUAGAUUUGAGGGGCUGAAUGGCAUGGAAAGCUGUACAGAACAAUCUUUUCUGUUUCAGAGUUUAGGUUGGCAUUCCCUUGGAGUUGUUUUUUCACAAAGUAGCAAAGUAGGUUGGCCCUUUUUCCAUUUUAUUUUUCAUACAUGCUGUGUUGUAGCAGUUAACAAGUCCCCAAGUCAUAUUACUUAGCUUUCUGAGCCAUCAUACAACCCAGUGCAUACAGUUCAAUCGUAGCUUUAUACAAGUAGAGUAGUUCGUGACAGACAUGUACAAGGUAUAAUUUGUGACAUAAUUUCAGUGCUGAGCUACCCAACUCCUCUAACCCCCCCCCCCCCGUCACAUUCCAUUAGUUGUUUAUCAUUUUAUAACAAAUGUUGGUUUGGAUUUAGGGAUUUUUUAGUUGUUUGGCCAGUGUGCUGCCCAAUCAACAAACAGCAAUUUUUUAAAGAUGUUAGUUCUCUGAUCUUGAAAAUGUACUUGGAGGCUAUGCACUCCACUGCUGCCUAACAUGUGGGGAAAGGAAUUUAAUACAUCCUCCUCUCUCCCAUCACAAUUACAGGUUCACCGGUCUACCAUGAUCUACUCUAGUUUAAUUUUUAAAUAGGCUUAUUAUCAGAUGGCUUCCUCCAUCUUGAGUGCACACAUGGUGGCUAACCCCAUGCUUGUUUUUAUACAGUAUGUGGAAUGGGCCUCAAAAGUUUCUCAGAUCUUAUGGGAAGGUCUUUGGAAUUCUUUUGUGAGAGGUUAGAUUCUACUCACAUCCAGCAGAUACCUCAUAGGGAUACAGAUUGUUGAUUUGGUACAAGAGAGACCAGCGUAGGCCAGCAAUCCAGAGGGUGUGAAAACAGCACUGUCAGUUGUUCUGCUAUGAGGCCAGAAAAAAAAUCCUAUAACCAACACCAGAGAAUCCAAGCCUGUCCUGGCAGUGGAUGAAAGUAGCCAUUCAAAGAAUUCAUUUUAAAAACACUGACGGGUCACCCCAUUUGCAAAAUAAAGGGUAGUCCAACGAGCCUACCUGCAGGUUGAUCUUAGCUACCAUUUAUGUCACCAGAUUCCAUUCCAGCAGAAGUGCCCCCUGCUCCAUGCUAGAUCUAGAGAGCCUUCUGGUUAAAGAUACCUGGCCACUCUCUGUCACAAUCAUCCACUGUGCCACCUACCUCAAUCAGCAGAACUGGGAGUGGCUCUAGAAUUGCUGGGGAGGUCCACCUGCACUGCCUUGAUUUUUCCGUUUGAUUCUGUACAUAAUGCUAAGAAAAGUAUGUGUGAUUAUUUUUUAGAAAAAAUAAAAAAUCGAACAAAA